UGCUGAGCUUUCCAGGUUCCUGUGUCCUGGAACAAAGAACUGGACCAAGGGUUGAUGAUAACAGAAGAAACAGAAACUGAUUUAAGGAAGAGAACAUUCCCAAGAGUGGAAAUGGACUGAAAGCCAAGAAAGGAGAGAGGUGCUGAUGGACCCCAGCUGAGAGUGUGCCUAUUUUGCCACCCACUGCCAUAAUAGAAGACCCCACACUUGAAUAGUUUAUAGAGAAAAAAAAUACAGUUCAGGGAGGAGGAGGCAUCUGGGCUAAAGAUGGUUAUGUAGCACCAUGUGGUUGCUGAGAGCUGAACUCAGAACCCUUGAAAGAGCAACCAGUGUUCUUAACCUCUGAGCCAUCUCUCCAGCCCCCACUCUGGAACUUUUUGUUGCAGUGUGUGUCUGCACGGGCACGUGGAGCUCAGAAGACGGCGUACAGCAGGAUCCCGCAGGGAGGCCGGCAGCACCUCGGAGCUAGUCGCGCCAGCCCAAAGCUAUCCCCUCGGGACUCCGUGGCGCGUGGCAUCUGCCAAGAGGAGGGUAGGGUUUUCAUAGGAGACCGCAGUGCAUGCACACCGGGACCAGCAAUUGUCCAGAGCAACCAUCCCCAGGGACCCGCCGGAUGUCAAGGAUACCGUGGCCAGUUUCUGGAUACCAACACCACGGGCGGCCAGCACGCAGUCCCGGGUCCCUGCCCGCAGCGGGAACACAGGAUGAGUGAGGAAUGUGAGGGAGGCGCUGCGCCCAGAGGCAGCACUAAAUGGGGGCCAAGUGUCCUUGUAGCUAUGGUUUCUCUCUGGGAGAUCUAAUCAUGGGUGGCUAGAAACAAACUGAGACUCAAAAGUCCCAUUUGUCUCCAGUGUUGUCAAUACUGAGGAGCUGGAGGAGAUUUUGCUACCAUUUCUCAGUCACAACCACACUGCCUGUAAGGCACAGGCCACCUGUGAUCAUAACUGUGAACUAAAGCCACUGUCAGAUGCUGCCUCGGGGGAGCUGGCUGCAGCACACAGAGUCCUAGCGCUGGGAGCAUCUGGGAGAUCUACCGGCAAAAAGGAGCCAUGGCUCAGUCUCUUCCCACACCUUUGUGACGCUCUCUAGGGGGGAAAAACCAACUCACUUCCUUAUGGUGUCUAAGAAAUAAAAUACUGAGUUGAAAGGACUUCGCUCUUUUUAUUGUCUUGAUGCCAAGAGGACUUCGGGGGAGGAGCUCGGGCUCAGGAAGAAAAGAGGAGUUAGAGUCUCAGCACUGAGUCUGGACGCCCGGCGACAAAGCAGACCUGUGCAACGAAAGGAUCCCUGACUUAUAAAGAGAAGGCAGCGAGCUGAGCACCAGCAUCCGGAACCCUCUGCUUCUCGACUGUGUGUGCAAUGUGACCUGCCACCUUAGGCUCUUGACAGGGUGGCUUCCCCACGCUUGAUGGGAUGCAUUCCCUGGAGCUGUGAGCCAAGGCGGAAACCCUCCCUUCCUCAAGUACAUUUUGUCAGGUUAAUAAGAAGGUCCCCCGAGUGGCUACAGAUGCGGCAGUGCUUUAACACAGCUGGCUGAAAACUCCCCAGCAUCAUGUCUUCCUUCCACAGGAACAGCAGCUACGAGGGGUGUGCUGACUACCCUGGCUAUUCGGGGUCUUGGAACCACGAACAGAGCUAUUUGAAACCUCAGGAUUAUCUAGACUUCCCAGCUUCUCUGGACAAUCCGGGCUUCCACCACCCCAGGAACAACCCAUAUUCUCCAGGCUCUAGAACAAAUCCAGACCACUCCAGCUCCCUAGCUGAACCAGAUUACUCCAGAUCCCCAAGUGACACAGAGUAUCACAGCACCAGGAGCCAUCCGUACUCGGCACAUCCCAUACCAAAGCCAGACUAUGACGAGUCUUUCCCUGAGCCAGACUAUAAUGACUUCCAGAGAGAAUCACACGGCACAGACUUAUCCAAGGGACCUGACUACGCUGGCCCUCACCGCCAUCCUAGUCUCGCCAGAGUCAGAAGCAGCACGAACUAUACAGGUUCCAGAACUAAUCUAGGUUAUUUGGGAACCCUGGAAGAACCAGACUACCCUGGGGCCCAGGGCCACUCCGACCAUCCGGACCCCAGAUCCCAUUCCAACCAGCCUGGCUCCAGAAGAGAUGUAGGUUACAAUGGGUCCAGAAUCAAUGCCUACCUAGAUACCUUGGAGGACCCUGAUUACCCAGGUGCUGAGAAUCAACGAAACGCUCCCCACUUUUAUGGAAAUCCAGACUAUCCUGGUGCUGAGGAAGGUCAUGGUUAUGGCUCUUCCCAGCCCCUGGGAGCCAUCAGGAGGAGUAAUGGCCCCUUUGGCACACGAGGGAGAGAAAAUGAAGACUACCCCGAAAGCAUUGAAAUGGCAUCCAUGGAAAUGGCAGGUCCACAAGACCACUCUCCGCCAGGUGAUCCUAGAAAUGGCUACAUGAACACUGCAUAUAUGGAAGGAAGUAGUCCUGUCUGUGCAGUCAGAAACCUGCUGCUGUGUGAGCGUGACUGGCACACAUCACCCCAAGGACAAAAACUAAUCGCAUCCCUGGUUCCCAUGACAUCUAGAGACAGAAUCAAAACCAUCAGGAACCAGCCAAGGACCAUGGAAGAGAAGAGACAGCUUAGAAAAAUAGUCGACAAAGAAAAGAGUAAACAGUCCCAUGGCAUCCUGGAGGUUAACUGCUGUGCUCAGUGUCUGAGCUCGCUUUCACUGGCCUACCGUAGAGCCAAGAGCAGCCUCUCAGAGCUCAAUUCCAUCAGCUUGUGGCAGAAGAGAUUCAAGGUCAUCGGAGGCAAGUUUGGAACUAGCGUCCUGUCCUAUUUCAGCUUCCUGAGGUGGCUUCUGAAGUUUAACAUCUUCUCCUUCGUCAUGAACUUCAGCUUCAUCAUCAUCCCACAGUUCACCGUGGGUGAGAGGAACACCCUCCAGUUCACGGGCUUGGAGUUUUUCACAGGGGCGGGUUAUUUUAGGGACACGGUGAUGUACUAUGGCUUUUACACUAACUCUACCAUCCGGCACGGGACAGGCAGAGCAUCUUACAAUAUGCAAUUGGCCUACAUCUUCACAAUCGGAGCCUGCCUGGUCGUCUGCUUCUUCAGUCUGCUCUUCAGCAUGGCCAAGUACUUCCGGAACAACUUCAUCAACCCCCACAUAUACUCCAGAGGGAUUGCAAAGCUCAUCUUCUGCUGGGACUUCACUGUCACCCAUGAGAAAGCUGUAAAGCUAAAACAGAAGAAUCUGAGCACCGAGAUCAGGGAGAACCUGUCUGAGAUCCGCCAGGAGAAUGAAAGGCUCACGCUCAACCAGCAGCUGACUCACUUUUCUGCUCAUGUAGCCGCCUGGCUCGUCUCUACCGGAGUGGCCGCAGCCUGCUGUGUGGCCGUAUACUACUUGGCUGAGUAUAACUCCGAGUUCUUGAAGACACACAGGAACCCUGGGGCGGUGCUGUUACUGCCGUUUGUUGUGUCCUGCAUCAACCUGGCCGUGCCUCGAUUCUACUCCAUGUUCCGUCUGGUGGAGCCGUAUGAGAUACCGAGGCAGGAAGUCUACGUCCUCCUGAUCCGAAACAUUCUACUGAAGAUCUCCAUUGUUGGGAUUCUUUGUUACUAUUGGCUCAACAUCGUGGCCCUGUCUGGUGAAGAGUGCUGGGAGACUCUCAUUGGCCAGGAUAUCUACCGCCUCCUCCUCAUGGACUUCGUGUUCUCCUUGGCCGACUCCUUGCUGGGGGAGUUUCUGAGGAGGUUCAUUGGGAUGAGAUUCAUGACCAGUCUCAGCUUACAGGAGUUUGACAUUGCCAGGAAUGUUCUAGAACUGAUCUACGCACAAACUCUGGCCUGGCUUGGAAUUUUCUUCUGCCCUCUGCUGCCUUUUAUCCAAAUGAUCACUCUCUUCAUUAUGUUUUAUGUCAAAAAUAUCAGCCUGAUGAUGAACUUCCAGCCUCCCAGCAAGGCCUGGCGGGCCUCACAGAUGAUAACGUUCUUCAUCUUCUUGCUCUUCUUCCCGUCCUUCACGGGCGUGCUGUGCACCCUGGCCAUCACCAUCUGGAGAUUAAAACCUUCGGCUGACUGUGGCCCCUUCCGAGGUCUGCCUUCCUUCAUCCAGUCCAUCUACAGCUGGAUCGACUCCCUAAGCAGGAGGCCUGGCUACCUGUGGGUCGUCUGGAUCUACCAAAACCUCAUUGACAGCGUGCACUUCUUCUUCAUCCUCACACUGGUUGUGUUAAUCAUCACCUAUCUUUAUUGGCAGAUCACAGAGGGGAGGAAGGUCAUGAUCCGGCUGCUCCAUGAACAGAUCAUUAAUGAGGGCAAAGAUAAGAUGUUCUUGAUAGAAAAGUUGACCAAGCUACAGGAUGUGGAGAAGAGAGCCAACCCCAGCACACUUAUCCUGGAAAGGAGAGAGGUUGAGCAACAAAGCCCUUUACAUUUGGAGGAACUCAGCGAUGCUCCCGACCUGCGAUGGAGACGGUCAGUGCAUGAAGAGAAUCCAAAAGCCUGAUGACUGUCGUGUGUAGAAGCCAGAUGCUGGUCAAAAAGGGAAAGAAGAUAAACAUAAAUGGGACAGCCUCUGUGACAGUUGGGCUGCAGGAGCUUCUCGGGAGUAGAAUCCAAGACCCACAGUGCAAAUGGCUCUAUGAAACAGGACAUGCUUUACCUCCAAACUGGAUUGCUAAUUAUUUUUUCCAAAACAAAGUCCUUAGAAUUUUCCAAUUAAAACUUAAAAUAUUGAAAUUAUUCUACAAACACCUGGGAAGAGGUAAUUUGGGAAUUUUGCACUUUUAAGAAAUAUAUGUCUUCAUGAUGGGUCCUGUAGGACUCUCUCUUCCCAGACCUGGCAAAGGUUUAAAAACUGGUGCUAAAAAUAAUGGUCCAUAAUGAAUUAAAAAUGUGAUUCUCAAUCUGGGAUGCAAAUCCUCUGAAUGGUAUAACUUGUGUUCGUCUCUGAUUUUGAACUAGAAACAGCCCCGUAUCAUCUAAAGCUGAAAUAUAAUCAAAGGUCUUAUGGC